GAUCUCUCCCCGCUUCUUCGGCUUCUUAUGCAAUAUGCCCUUUGGAUAACGGAACGGCGCCUCAAAAGAAGUCCUCAACGCUAGGGUGAUCUAGCACGAUAGUAGCUAUCAAGUCCACACGCAAAGCUGCUGCCUUGUCCGUGAACGUCGGGGUUUUCUGACAACUCUUCCUGAGAAACACAGCGCGACUUCCAACCCACUGACUCGGGGCUGAAGACAAAAUGGUUGACUUUGUAAACAUCAAUGGCGCACGUCUGGCAUACCGCAUAGCUGGGCCUGAAAACGCACCACUCAUGAUCACGCUGCAUGGCGGUCGCGGAAUGGGUGACCAUAAAUCUGACUUCAAAGUCUAUAGCCAAUUGAGCGAUAAGAUUCGGGUUCUCUCCUUCGAUUACCGUGGACAUGGCCAAAGUUCUUUGACUAAGCCUUACACCUUUGAGCAAAUUGUCGAUGACAUCGAAGCGGUAAGACAGCAUUUCAUCGGAGAUGAUCAGGUCAUCAUCUGCGGCGGUAGUUUCGGCGGUUUCCUAGCCCAGCACUAUGCAAUCAGGUACGCCCCAAAAGUAUCACAUCUGGUUCUCAGAGGAACUGCACCAUCUCAUCAUCACGAGGCCGGCGCCAUCAAAACUUUGGAGGCGAGGAUACACAAAGUUCCCAGCUUCUCUGUCGAUAUGUUGAAGAACAAAGUCUUUGGUGCAUAUGAGAGCGAUCGCGAGUUUCAAUUAAUUUACUUCGCUAUGAUGCCGCUUUACAGGGAAACUUUCGAUCCCGAUGCAGCGUUGAAGAGCAACCUUGAUGGCGUUUACGUCGCCGAAUCUCACAAUGACCUCUAUUCCGAGAAAGAGAAGUACUUUGAUUACAGUGAACGACUCUCUCAAAUUACAGCGAAGACUUUGGUAGUCGUGGGCGACAAGGAUUGGAUAUGUCCUCCUGAAAACUCCAAAUUGAUUGCGGAAAGGAUUCCUGAGGCUAAGCUUCUAUUAGUUGAGGGUGCUAAUCAUGGUGUCCAUGCCGAAAAGCCAGAAGAGGUCCUAGGAGAGAUUCGCAAGCACUUGAAUAUCUAGUCUCAAUGUUGUUGUCAAGCUGUUUUGACUGCAUAUCAGCAUGGCGCUGUGGUUCUCCAAUGAGUUUCAUACGGAUACUGUUGGCAACGACAGCAUGCCUUAUGACUUGAAGGACCAUAAUGCACUUCUAUCGGAACAUCCUCAACCUUGCGAGGUAAAUAGGUUAAUGCUACUUGGGUACAUGUAACUCUUUAUCUAUAGACACCAUUAUUCUUCUUGAAUCUUACGUCAACCUUUUGGCCGGCA